CACGAUGUUCAGCGGACUUCGAUGACAAUGUGAUGAUAUCUAUCAGUCACUGCGUUAUUGCUGUCUGAUGCGGAACGCACAAACACCCAGCCGUCGCAAUGAGAGAGCUGCAUUUCAAAGAUUAUUUUUGGAACAUUGAUAUCACCAGCACGGUGGGAUAUGACAGCAUCAUCCAGCACUUGAACGAUGGCAAGAGGACAUGCAAAGAGAUUGAGGAUUUCUUGAAAGCUAGAGCUGCAAUAGAAGAUAAAUAUGCAAAGGAGCUCCUUGGUUUGUCCAAGAAAGUGUGUGGACACAGUGAAAUGAACACCCUGAAACGUUCACUUGAUGUUUUCAAAUUACAAACUGAACAAGUGAGCUUGUCUCAUCUACAUUUGGCCCAAACUAUGAGAGAGGAAGCAAAAAAAUUAGAGGAAUUUAGAGAGAAACAGAAAGAAGCUCGAAAGAGGGUAGAACAACAGAUGGAUUCUUUUUACAAGCAGAAGGUCGCCCAAUACAAGAAAACAACAGAAGCAAAGAAGAGCUAUGAGCAAAAGUGUCGCGAUAAAGAGGAAGCCGAGCAGAACAUGAACAGAAAUGCCACCACCAGCAGUUCCAAGCAGCAAGAAAAGCUGUAUGCCAAAACACAGCAAGCCAAGCAGUGUGCAGAUGAAGCUGACAGAAUAUACAGUCAGAAUGUUUCCAUACUGGGGAAGAUCAGAGAGGAGUGGCUGAACGAGCAUGUUAAAGCAUGUGAGUUUUUUGAGAAACAGGAAGUGGAGAGGAUCAACACCCUAAGGAACAUGGUGUGGACCCAUCUCAACCAACUCUCCCAGCAGUGUGUCACCAGCGACGAGCUUUAUGAGGAAGUGAGGAAGUCUUUGGAGCAAUGUAACAUUCAAGAAGACCUUGAGCAUUUUAUCAACCUCAGACGUACUGGCGAUAAACCACCAGCACCUGUUCCAUACGAGAACUUCUACAACAAUCAGAGAUCGGCCCCUGCUUGCCCACCUGCAACAGCUGUCAGGAGAGCGGCAGGACCUCCACCAUCAAUUGCAGAAAAUGAUCCUUUAUAUUCAACUGUAGCAGAGCCGGGAUACAGCCUUAUACGAUAUUAAUAAGAAUGUGAACUGGUAAGAAUGCUUGCAAGAAUGUAACUUUGACAGAUAAUUUACAAAUAGUAGUAUUAAUGUUGGACCAAGGACUAGUGUUGUUUAUGAAUACUUUACAAAUGUUUCCUUUAGGAAAUAUUCUUAUCCUGUGUUUUAAGUUAUUUGUAUUUUACAGUUUCAUGGGUCCUUCUUCAGCUCAAUAUGGAUACAGUUAAGGCAACUGGCAUCUCUCUUUUGUUUAUAUACUGUAUAUUAAGAACCGAGAGAGCUGAUUUCUUAAAGGGAAAGAUGACCCAAAAAUAAAAAUUCUGUCAUAAUUUAUUCACCCUUAGAUUGUUCCAAACCUGUAUGACUUUUUUAUAUGACGUUUUUACAGAAGAAAUUAAGUCAAAUCAGAAUCCGCUUUAUUGCCAAGUAUUCUUACACAUACAAGGAAUUUAUCUUGGUGACAGAAGCUCCCAUUGUACAACAUAUACAGCAACAAGACAGAGAUAAUAAUAAAAAAAAAUAGAAUAAAAAUAAAAA